AUGUCUGGAAUAUUGUUGGAAACCCUUCUGAAGGACUUAGAUCCAACUUUGACAGAAUUUCUUGAGUCUAAUUCUGAAUUACGACAAAUCUCGGAGCAGUAUUUGGUAGAUUUAUUGAUAAAUGAUGAUUUAUUAUGCACGGAUACGUAUACAACAACCAGUAAAAGUUCUAAUACAGAUGUCUCUAAUGUAGAGGGUCAAUCAAAGACACUUACAGAGGAAAUUGCGGAAUUGGACCUGAAGCAGAGAGAAAUAAAAAUGCAGCUAGCAUCCAUAACGAAUAACAACAGAGAUUUGAUUAUUGAUAUAAGCAAUGACUUAACUAGUAUCCGGGAAGAUAUCCGUUCGGGUUUUGACAAAGAGAUCAAUUCAAUGAUAAAGAUUUUGGAUAUGGAAGACUCCAAUGGUGACAAAUUUGAAAUUCCAAAAAAUGAAAGAUUGAAUAACUCUAUGAUCACGUACAAUUCGAUACUAUCAAAUAUCGAUUCUGUAUUGGACUUGCUUGAGCUUCCUACUCUUUGUAAAGUUUGUAUAUUGCAAGGUAAUUACCAGGAAUCUUUGGAGAUAUCAAUUUUGGUUCAAACGUUAGUUAUUAGAUUCCCUAAUUUGAGGAUAUUUCAAAAGAUACAUCAUCAAGUAGAACAAGAAUUAAAAUUGAUGGUCAAGGGGCUAAUUAAAUUACUUAAUACAAACUUGAAACAGAAUAAUAUAUUAAAGAUCUUCCAGAUUUUGAAUAAGCUUGACCUUUUAAAUUAUAAUACAUCUUCUGCUAUAUCGUCUUCAGUCAAUAUCACAUCCAAUAAGAGGCUGCAGAAGGAUAAAUUUUUGAAAAUAGUAUACCUCAAUGCAAGAUUUAAAUUUAUUAUAAAUGAAUUAUCGAAUUUAACUCCUUUGCUUAAAUUUAAUAAAUUAACAUACUUGAAGAGAUACAUUGAAAUUUAUAGAGAGUUCAUCUUCAACUCAUUGUCAAUUUAUUAUGCAAUUUUUAACUACUCGUCAUCUUCCAGUGAUGUUAGCAUAAAACAUGAAGAAGAUAAUUUAUUGAUCAGCCAAUUUAUCAAGAACUUGGCAUUCUUAUUGGCUGAAGAAAUAAAGAAAUAUUUACCAGAACUUAUUGCACCAAGUGACAAUGACGAUAAUAUUGAUAAGCAAACACAAAAAGAUGGAUUAAUAUUACAAAUAAUCUAUCUUUGUCAAUCAUUGGCUAAAUAUAAUGUUGAUUUCGAAAGUCUCAUAACUUGGGAAUUGUGUUAUCGUAACAAUGCCAUUCUUUCCGAAGAAGAUUGGUUAAAGAAUAUAGCCAAAGUUAAGAAAUUUAGGGCAUAA